AUGACGAUCAGAGCUUCGCUUUUCACAACUUCAGCAUUUGCUGUCUUGUAUCCUGGCCAGAGUGACCUCAAUCACACUUGCCAGAUCACCAACGACGACGCCGUCUUGUCCUGCUCCAGCGCUGCCAAUCCCAACACCGUCGACUCGUGCUGCGCCGAAACAUACGGAGGACUCUUCCUCUCGACUCAAUUCUGGUCUACAUACACUGGCCUCGAGGCUGAGGGUCAAUUGCUGCCUGCCGAUCAGUGGACGCUGCACGGCUUGUGGCCCGACUUCUGCAAUGGCUCGUACACUCAGUACUGCGACUUGAACAGACAGUAUGACCCUACACCUUCGCCCAACACUACCAACAGCUUGCCCAAUGGCACUGUUGUUCCCCCUUACAAGGGUCCCAACAUUGGCACUUUCCUCGAGCCUUUCGGCAAAUACGACCUCCUCGCAUGGAUGAACAAGUACUGGAUCAACCAGGGUGCUCCUAACAGCGACUUCUGGGGACACGAGUUUAGCAAGCACGGAACUUGCUUCUCCACCUUCGACGUGCCUUGCUACGGCCCCGAAUACGUCCAACACGAAGAGGUCGUUCAGUUCUUCGAGACCGCCAUCCUCUAUUACCGUCGUCUUCCCACCUGGGGCUGGUUGAACCACGCCGGCAUCAAGCCUAGCAACACUACCACAUACUCCAUUGGCCAGUUCCAGGACACCCUCACUAGAGGAUACGGUGCUUUGCCCUACAUCGGCUGCAGCGGUCCUAGAUACAAUGAGACUGCCGCUGGUGCUGGCUCUAUGGACAAUGGUAGAACUCAGAUCUCCGAGGUCUGGUACUACUUCCAUGCUCUCGGUCAACCCCAGAGAGGUGCUUGGGUACCUACCAAUGCUACUGGCUCUGUCACCAGCUGUGCAAAGGCCGCCAAUGCCCUUCACUACCCUCUUCGUGCCAACGGCUCCACCUGGCACUGA